AUUAUCAUUUAUCCUUACCUGCACGCCAGGCACGUGUGGUUCAUCAGAAUCUAUCUAAUAGGUUUUAUUUUUUAUACCUAUGCCAUUUCUUCGUGUUAGAUUAACUAAACAUUUUUAAUACUUUUUUGCACAAGAACCCUCAAAUUUCAGUACGCCAUGUCAACUCACAACAGACCUUUGAGAAAAAUUCAGUCCACCAAGUCCACCUCCGACAACCGGGAGGUCCGCAAAGUUCCUGUGCCCUCACAUCGGCUCACACCGCUCAAAGAACAUUGGUUAAAGAUUUACACACCUGUCGUCGAACACCUUAGGCUAGAUAUCAGAUUCAAUGUCAAAUCCAGAAACGUUGAAAUCAGAAAUCCCGUCCCCGAUGACGAGAUCGGCUCGCAACACUUGCAAAAAGCUGCAGACUUUGUCAAGGCGUUUGUCUACGGGUUUGAAGUGGAAGAUGCGCUAGCAUUAAUAAGACUGGACAAUUUGUUUGUUGAAUCUUUUGAAGUUAAAGAUGUAAAAACAUUAAAAGGAGAUCAUUUAUCACGUGCUAUUGGAAGAUUGGCUGGAAAAGGAGGACGAACAAAGUUUACCAUUGAAAAUGUUACAAAAACUAGAAUAGUGUUGGCAGACUCAAAAAUUCACAUAUUAGGAUCAUUUCAAAAUAUUCAGGUAGCCAUGAGAGCUAUUUGUAAUCUAAUUCUUGGGUCUCCACCUUCUAAAGUUUAUGGACAAUUACAACAACUCUCCAAGAGUAAAGUUCUAUAAAAUUGUGUAUUUUAGUAUUAAAUUAAAAAUGUUAUUUACUAUUAAUAAAUAAUUACAAUUUAUACAA